UUCUGCACUUACCAAUAAAUGUCCAGUCAGCUCGUGUAGUUGAUCAGUAAACCCGUCCAGCAGCGAGUCCAUCUGUCAAAAUGUCCCUGAGGAUCGUGUCCAUCACUCUCCUCCUGAUUUCAGGGUGUCUGUACUUCAGUUCCGCUGCAGGUCGCUACCCUGACAGAUAUUUUGCAUGCUGCACUGCCGUCACCACUAAAGAUAUCAGCCACGACGUGAUUGGGAACACAUAUCGUGCACAAUCUGCCAAAAACCGCUGUGUGGAGGCUAUAAUUUUCACCACAGCACAAGGGAAGGUCUGUGUUGAUCCCAACGCUGAAUGGGUCCAGACACUCACUGCCAAUAUGAGGAAGUCUGUCUGAGGAAAACACCUGCACACCUGGAUGCUUGCAACCAAGCUCAAACAUAUAUAUCUGCAGAACAUGUAACAUGUAGCAAUUAAUAUACUUAGUAUACCACACCAUUUCUGUUUGUUUUCUGAAUUAAUGCUUAAUUCAUAACAAGAUAUUUUGCUUAUCGCGGUCUUCUUAAAGGUCAUGUCACUUUGCUUAAUAUCAAACCUAAAAGUUUGAAAUCAACUGCUAUCUGACACUGCAAAUAAAAAAGAGGAGAUGGAUGUGA